AUGAGUCAAGACAUCCACCAGGAAUAUGGUUCAUUUGGUUCUCAAGCUGCCACAAAGCUUCUGGAUGAGAUGUGCCAUCUGACGGCUCAGUCUCUGUCACCAAUGGACACGUCGGACCACUUCAAGGUCCUGAAGCUCCUGGGUGAAGGCUCGUAUGGAAAAGUCAUGCUGGCUGUUCACAGGAAGAGAGGUACUCCGAUGGCUCUUAAGUUCUUCCCUCGUGAGUCCACCUCUCUCCUCUCUUUCCUGAGGGAGUAUAACCUCUCUCUGUCGUUCUGCACCCACCCGUCCCUCACCAGAGCUCUGGGGAUCGCCUACUCCACACCUUCCCACUACGUCUUCGCUCAGCAAGCAAGCCUCUUUGGAGACCUCUACGACGUCAUCUUACCAGAGGUCGGGAUGGAGGAGGACUGUUGUCAGCGGGUGGUGUCCCAGCUCUGUGGUGCGCUGUCCCAUCUCCACUCCCUCGGUUUUGUCCACAGGGACCUCAAACCAGAGAACGUCUUCCUGUGCGACUCAGCCUGCCGCUGGGUGAAACUGGGAGAUUUCGGCAUGGUGAAGGCCAGGGGCACCAGGGUCCCGGAGGUCUGGUACAGCUCCCCUUACUGCACCCCUGAGGCGGAGAUUGCACAUGGAAAUGAGGACAGCUGGAGGAGCAUGAAUGAUGGGAAAGAUGUCGUUAAAGAGGAUGAAGAGAAGAAGAAGAAGGCACGAGUUUGGGUGUCUGUGGAGCCCAGCACAGACAGCUGGGCGUUGGGGAUCCUGACCUAUGCCAUGCUCACUGGCAGUCAUCCCUGGGCGGAAACAGCCAGCGACUGCCGCUCAUACCUGAAAUAUCGGGAAUGGUUUGACGCAGCGAAAGGCCCUGAAGAUGAACUGGACGUGUGGGCAGAGCCGCAUACAGAGAGCGCGCAGGAUGCCAUCGAUUUAGAUGGACCAGAACUUGGAAAGAAGGACCGCAUUCCCACAGCACCCCAGUUUGCAUGUUUCACCCCGCUGGCCUGCUCCUUCUUCCAGGCGCUCCUCGACCCGAGGCCCCGGCUUCGUGGACGGCCUGAGGACGCGCUGAGUUACCUGGGGGGAGACUGGAUGAUGGAGAAGGAGAGGCACCUAAAUCACUGCAACAUCCAGUGUGGUGUGGUGCGUCAGCUCCUGGUCUGA